CAUGCUAAUGGAAUGCGCUGACUGUCGUUUUCAUGUUUUCGCUCCUGCUUCCAUCACUCUUUUUGGCCUCUUUAUUUCAUGUCGUUAACAAGACGUCGGUUCUGAUCCGUCCCUUAACUGUCACUGUGAACUCUGAUGACGUGAUGCAUUUUUCCACAGUUUUAUACUUCAUAAAUGUUUCAUGUGAUGUAAGACGCAAAGCAUUCUAAUGCUGUCUAGUGAUCUAUGAGGGUGUGCUCAAGGUUGUAGGAAAUUUCUGUGCGGUUCUGCCCAUUUGUGGUGGUCUAAUGUUGUUUUGUUGGAAAUCUGAGGUGAUGACUGAUCUCAAGAGAAAUAUAGAGGAAUCGUUUUCCUCAAGAUUAUUCUUAAAGGCGCACUUGGUACUUUUUUCCAGCUUAAAGGUGAAACGUUUACAUUUUUAUUGAUGCUAGUGGCUCAUACUCUUACUAAGUUUUGCAUCUGAAGAAACCUGUGGUACUUUUGAAAAAUGUUUCAAAUGGUUUAGAUGAAGUCAUAUCAGCUGCAUAAAAGCUGUUUAAUUCAAGCUGUUAAAUCACAUGACCAGCUGAAUACUACAAACAUCAUCUCAGUAAACCGGUGAUAAAUGUGACCCUGGACCACAAAACCAGUCUUAAGUCGCACGGGUAUAUUUGUAGCAAUUAGCCAACAAUACAUUGUAUGGGUCAAAAUGAACGAUUUUUCUUUUAUGCCAAUAAAAUAUCAUUAGGGUAUUAAGUAAAGAUCAUGUUCCAUAAAGAUUACAUUUCCUACUGCAAAUAUAUCAAAACUUAAUUCCAGAUUAGUAAUAUGCAUUGCUAAGAACUUCAUUUGGACAGCUUUAAAGGUGAUUUUCUCAAUAUUUAGAUUUUUUUGCACCCUCAGAUUUCCAAAAUAGGCCAAAUAUUGUCCUAUCCUAUGGAAAGCUUAUUUAUUCUGCUUUCAGCUUUCAUUAUGUAUAAAUGUCAAUUUAAAAAAAUUGACCCUUACGGUUUCAGGGUCACAAAUGUACUUGUGAAUAGGGUGUAUGCCAAUGUUGUCUGUAACCAAAAACAUUUUCUUUUGCAUGAUACAGCAACAAAACCAGUACUGUAGGUGUCAGUAUCAAUUCAAAGACUAGAAAAAAAGUUACAUAGUGCACCUUCACUCGUUUGCCAGAAGAAAAAACAGGCUAUAAUGUUGUUCUCCAUUUUCAGUGCCAACACUAGCAGUUACGCUUGACCCUGCCACUGUACCAAUGUCCAUAACUACAUCAAUAACACCACCCACAGUCCAACUGACCUCAGACUCAACACCAGCCGCCACAGGUUCAGUCCAGCCGAACUCAGUAACACAGACUCCGGGUACAUCAGCGUCUGUAAACAUGCUAACAGUUUCCGCAGCACCAGAUGUGAUACCCGAUGCGGCCACCGCAGCAACCGACACCGUGACUGCAACAACUGGCUUUGUUUCAAGCAAUCCACUUUCUGUUCUUCCUGAGGUUACUGAUUCAUUUACCUCAUCCUCUGGCGGCACUGCAACAACACUUAAUAUGGACAUCCAAGCAAUAUCUUCUGCAACCAUGGCAACAACACCUUCUGCAACCAUGGCAACUUCUGAAACAACAUCUUCAGCAUCAGCUAGCACAAUUCAACUGCCAACAUCUCUUGCUGUUGAUGCUGAUUCACUUGUUUCUGAUGGAUCUCUAUUGGAAGCGGGUGAAAUGGUUACAGCAAAUACUGCAGUAACCUUAAUUACAAGCACAGUUGUGUCCUCAACUGAUGCAGUGAUGAAGACAGUUGAUGCACUCCCUCCAGACAUUGAUUUGAUUGUUCCAGCAUCUGACGUUCCUCUAACUCCCGCAUCUGAUGGUGAUGCACCUGCAACUGAUGCCGUCGGAGCUGUAACAGAUGCUCCAGCAAUAGUUACAGUUUCUCCUGAGAUUGCUUCCAUUGCCCCAGCAACUUCAGACUCAGAUUCUCCUGAAGGUCCAGAAGCAACCGAUGUGUCUGAUGAAAUCAAACCUGCUCCUGAAGAUCCAGGUGAUGGUGCUGAAAUUGUCACAGCAGGUGCGGAAACCGUCACUGAUGCUGUUCCUCAACCUAAUGCUGACAGUAAACCCCCAUCCGAAGAAGGAGAGAAGAGUGAAGUUCCUCUUGUUGAAACCAAGGAAAAAACAGAGACAAAUCUGGAGAAGACAAAUAAAGAUGCUCCUGAAAGUAAACCUCCAUCUGAAGUAGGAGAGAAGAGUGAAGUUCCUCUAGCUGAGACCAAGGAGGAAAAAACAGCAACAAAUCUGGAGAAGAAAGAUAAGGAUGCUCCUGAAAGUAAACCACCACCAUCUGAAGUAGGAGAGAAGAGUGAAGUUCCUCUUGCUGAGACCAAGGAGGAAAAAACAGCAACAAACUUGGAGAAGAAAGAUAAAGAUGCUCCUGAAAGUAAACCUCAAUCUAAAGUAGGAGAAAACAGUGAAGUUCCUCUAGCUGAGUCCAAGGAGGAAAAAACAUCAACAAACUUGGAGAAGAAAGAUAAAAACGUAGAAGCCCCAGGUACCCACAGCAAAUCCUGACAUCUGAAUUUUCUGACAAGUAUAAUCAAGUGCAAAUUACAAAAUUUUGGAAGUGCAAUCUGUUGAAGUUUGUGUCUCACAACCCAAAUUGCCUUCAGAACAGUAAGCCAGAGGCCUGCCUCUCUUAAAGGAAUAGUAAAUGAAAAUUCUGUCAUCAUUUACUCACCCUUAUGUCAUUCCAAACCUGUAUGACUUACUUUCUUCUGUGGAACAUAAAAGGUGUUGUUUGGCAAAAUGACAGCCUCAGUGACUGUUCACUGUCAUUAUAAGGGGGGGAUGGAAUAUUCUAUAUAAAUAAAAGAUUCCUUUUGAUUCCUUUUCCACUGAGGAAAGCAAGUCAUAUGGGAUUGGAAUAACAAAAGGAUGAGUAAAUGAUGACAGAAUUUUCAUUUA